AUGGGCCAGGUGACUGGAAAGGAUGACAGUGGUCCAGCCCAGUUAAAUCACUCUCAAUUUCUAGGGACAUGCCAUCAAGUAGAGGUACUCGUUGAUGAUACAGACCCAGACCUGGCCUGUCGGCUCAACUGUAGACACUCAACAAGCGUGGGCAUCCGCUUUUCAGGACUGUCAGAGAAUUCAGGCGGCUGCCCCUGUACAACAGGAAUUGUCCGUAGAGGCCGAGUCCCCAUCAAAGUAAGGAACCUCAACCCUUUUCCUAUCACGUUACGACGUUACGAGGCCCUUGCUACAUUCUCCACAGAAAAUGUUGACAUUCAGGAGCCUUUUGAAGUUACUUUUGAGCAAACCAGGCCAGGUAUUGUUGAAGUUGGUGUGCACCAGGUGAGCUCGGAACCGCCAGGUAACGCUCCUCAUAUCGAAGUUAUGACACAAGGGAAGUCAAACCUAUCCAUAGAGGAGCAAGAAAAGUUAAAUGGUCUCUUGAGGAAAUGGGGCGAUGUGUUUGCUGCCGACGAAGAGGAUUAUGGCCACACGGAUGUAAUCACGCACUCUAUCCCGACAGGUAUGGCACCUCCCAUUAGAGAGCGGUACAGGCCAAUUCCCCCUAAAAUGUAUCAGGAAGUGCGAGAGUUGCUGAAUAAUAUGAUUCGAUCAGGGGUGGUGAGGGAGAGUACAAGUCCCUGGGCAGCACCCAUUGUCCUGGUACGGAAAAAAAAUGGGGAAUUGAGAUUUUGUGUGGAUUACCGCAAGUUAAAUGCAGUGACACAUAAAGAUGCCCAUCCACUACCUAGAAUCGAAGAGACCUUGACAAUGCUGACUAAAUCAAAAUACUACUCCACUCUUGAUUUAGCAAGUGGGUAUUGGCAAGUGAAAGUUUCCGAAGCUGACAGAGAAAAGACUGCAUUUUGUACUCCUUUUGGCUUGUAUGAAUUCGAAAGAAUGCCUUUUGGUUUGUGUAAUGCCCCAGCAACAUUCCAAAGGUUGAUGCAAAGUUGCUUGGGAAGUCAAAUCACAGAGUCUGCUUUUGUAUAUCUGGAUGAUGUGAUAGUCUACUCACCGGAUUUCAACAGCCAUCUAGAGCAUCUGCAGGCAGUGUUUACAAGAUUGAAGAGCUAUGGGCUGAAGUUGCGACCUGAUAAAUGUGUUCUUUUCCAGCAGCAGGUGAAGUUCCUGGGUCACCUGGUGAACAGUGAGGGUGUGGCUCCGGACCCUGAUAAGAUUGCCGCUGUACAGAAGUGGCCGGCCCCGCAGACUAUUCAUCAGUUUAUACUGACAAUAAUCCAUUGGUCCAUUUAUCGACUGCAAAAGUGGGCGCAGUGGAGCAACGGUGCAACCCCAAGACCUGGUGUCCCCACAGAGGAUGGGUGAAGGAGCACGGGUUCAUGCUGUGAACAUUGAUUGGUAUCCAGGACACUGGAAAAGCUUACAGGAGCAGGACCCCACGUUGUAUAAAGUGAGACAUUAUAUGGCCCAAGGAAGGACACCAUCGGGGGAGGAGAGACGUCAGGAGUCUACUGCAGUCUUAAAUUACAUGAGACAAUGGUCACGGCUGGAGCUGUUGGAGGGUGUGUUGGUCCGCAGGGGAGUGGAUUCCAACACAUAUGAGGUUUAUUAUCAAAUCCUUGUUCCUUUGCAGGAACAGCAGUUAACAUGGAAGGCUUUCCAUGAAAGGAAUGGUCAUCUGGGGGUGGCAAAGACACUCUCAAUGUUGCGCCGUGGUUUUUACUGGCUUCAAAUGGAGAAGAGAGUGCGUGACUGGACAGCAUCCUGUGAACGGUGUGUACGUCAUAAAGGCCAUGGUGACGGUUACACGCCCCAUUACUUGAUGUUUGGAUGGAAUGCUCGUCUGCCAGUUGAGCUGUCUAUGGGGAUGAAGAGAUCCACAGAGCCAACAACCACCCAAGAGUGGGUUAAGAGCCAUCAUGAACGCUUGAGGCUGGCAUACCAAAUGGUGGAGAAGAGCAGUCAGAAGGCUGCAAGCCGGAUGAAGGGCAGGUAUGAUGUUGGAGCGAGAGCAGCUCCAUUGCUCCCAGGAGAAAGGGUGUUAGUCCAUACAACAAGAAGGGAUGGAGAAGGUAAACUGGCAGCACACUGGGAGGAAGAGAUCCAAAUUAUAGUCGGUCAGCCGAACCCUGCAAACCCAGUUUACAGAAUUCGGCCGGAAGGUAAAGAUGGUCCUGUUAGAGUGGUUCAUCGCAAUCGCUUACGCAUAUGUGCUUUCCUACCUUCAGAUGACUAUAAAACAGGAGAUGGCACCCCAGAACCAGAGACGACAGCCACGCAUGAUAUAGCGACAGUCUCAGAUCAGUGGUUGCUUCUAUGGAGCAUGGGACAGCAGAGGCCAGGGUCAGAUCACUAUCCCCCCUCCUACCAGUCGGCCCCUGCUAUUCAGGAGGGUCUAAGGAGAUCUGCCCGUGAAAAUUUUGGGAAACCCCCAUCUCGAUAUAGUUAGUAGAGUGCCCGAGGACGGGCUAGGACAAAGUUGGGGUGUGUGUUACAGAGUAUAGCAUGGUGGAAAAGAAUGGAGAGAAUCCCCCACUAAGCUUUUGGGCUGGCAUCACUUUAGAUUUUGUUUUGUAUUUAAUUGCAUGCUUUGGUGGGUUUUUUUUGGUGUUUGAUGUGAAGUGUGGGCCACACCCAUGUGGGAGUGGAGAUUCUACUCUAGUCCAGCUGCCAGCUAUUUGGAGUUGAGUACAGGGAACAGCUGAUUGGGGAGGAUUGGAGCCCUUCUCUAUAAAGGGGAGAGGAAACAGGAAGUGGGGUUGGUCGUUGUUUUUUUUGUGGGACACUGGUGCAGUAGGGAAGCCUCAGAGACUCCAGGAGGAAGUGUGCACAUUUUAAAGGGAAAGAUUUUUAACCUGGCCUGGUUUUGCUUUUAAAAUAAUCUGAGGAUGUUGGAGGGAGGACUCAUUUUUAUUGGGAUGUGAGUGGAUGUGCUGGGAGGCAGGAAAACAAACACUGGACUGGAGACUCUCUGUGCCCCCGACAAGGAAACUGGACCAGUUUUGGGGAAGUUCUAGCUCCCAGGAUGUGAUGUGGAGACCCAGCCUCGAACGAAGUCUGGCCUGAAAAGGCUAAUAAUCCUGACCGCGGUGGCUUUGGGCCUUGGCUUCCUGGCCAGAGUUGUGUCUUCAGCCAGUAGUUUUACCCAGAGAAAGAACAAAUAAAUCUUGUGUAACCCA